AUGAAUAGUAUAUUAUUACUAGGAGACAUGUUCAUUCUUACACAUUAUUCUAUCCACAACCUGUGUAUCAAUCACGUGAAUCAACAAAAACACCAUACAAAUCAAAUCUCUCAUGAACCAAACAAACAAAAAAAAAUUUGUUUGCCAAAUUUUGUGAUAAACAAAAAAACCCAACAGAGAGAAAGAAAAAAAAAAUUUGACUGUCGACCAAAUCAAUCAGAAUCAACAGAAUCAAUCAACCGUCUAUCCAUCCAUCCAUCCAUCCAUCAACCAAUCAAUCAAUCAAUAUUGUUGUUUUUAUUAUUAUUAUUGGAUCACGUGAGUCUGUCUAACACAUUAAUCUAUUACUAUUUAUUUAUUUCUCAUUAUUUUCAUUUCCAUAUAUUUCAUUAG